ACGGAGUUAGUCGAUCUGGACGAACAAUCGCCAGCAUUUAGCGAGACCGUAGUUCGACAAUUCAGUACUGGGACUGCUUUCCGACCAGUUGGUGCCGGUACCAGUCCUGUACGAUUGGAGGAGUCUGUUUGUGCUGUAUGUGGCUACGAAAUCAAGGAUCAAUUCGUGCUUAGGGUGAUGUCAGAUUCAUUUCACGAAUGUUGCUUGCGAUGCGUUGCCUGCAAUCAAAACUUAUCCAACAAUCCUACAUGUUUUUCUAAAGAUGGACGCCUUUAUUGCAGAGAAGAUCAUUCGAUACUGUUCGGCCGUUUUUGCGCCCGCUGUCACGGAGCGCUGGCAUCGCACGAUCUAGUGUUCCGAUGCCAACAUGCCACGUAUCAUCAGCACUGUUUCUCAUGUUAUUACUGUCACAUGCAAUUCAAAAAGGGUGAUGAAUAUUUGAUUGUGGAAGGCGAAAUCGUAUGCCGGAAAGAUUACCACAUGCUACUGCAGAAUCAUUUGCAUGCAAGUGCUCCAGUGCUGUUCGACUUCGAGUCAUCCGAAUCUAGUAGAAAGACACCAAAAAGGCCGCGAACCAUACUGAAUGCCACUCAGCGGAAACAGUUUAAGGCUGCGUUCGAAAAGAGUGCGAAACCAUGCAGAAAGAUACGAGAACAACUUGCCAAGGAGACUGGCCUUAGCGUUCGCGUUGUUCAAGUGUGGUUCCAAAACCAGCGGGCCAAAAUGAAGAAAAUGCAACGCAAGGAGGAAAGCAAACGCGGCUCGAGUGCCCUCGAUUCCGAAGGCAAAAGCGUCGAGGGCGAGAAGAGUUCAGAUGAAGAAAACUGCUCAGAUUGCGACGAUAUCGAGAUGGAACAAACGGAGAAAUCAUAUCCCGAGAAUCCCAUAGAAAAGCUCUAUCAUAUGCAAAGCACCUACUUCCAGUUCACGUGA